AGUGUCAGGAAGAGGAAGAGCGCGGCCCGCGGUGCGCCGCGCGCGGAGCAGGGGCCGGGCUGAGGCAGCGCCGCGCGGGCCACCAUGGCCACGGACGAGCUGGCCAGCAAGCUGAACCGGCGGCUGCAGAUGGAGGGCGAGGGCGGCGAGGCGGCCGAGCAGCCGGGCCUCAACGGGGCAACGGGGGCCGCUGCGGCCGAGGCUCCCGACGAGGCUGCCGAGGCGCUGGGCAGCGCGGACGACGAGCUGAGCGCCAAGCUGCUGCGGCGCGCGGACCUCAACCAGGGCAUCGGGGAGCCCCAGUCGCCCAGCCGCCGCGUCUUCAACCCCUACACAGAGUUCAAGGAGUUCUCCCGGAAACAGAUCAAAGACAUGGAGAAGAUGUUCAAACAGUAUGAUGCUGGCAAGGAUGGCUUCAUUGACCUCAUGGAACUAAAGCUCAUGAUGGAGAAACUUGGGGCUCCCCAGACUCACCUAGGCCUGAAAAACAUGAUCAAGGAGGUGGAUGAGGACUUUGAUGGCAAGCUCAGCUUCCGGGAGUUCCUCCUGAUCUUCCGAAAGGCAGCGGCUGGGGAGCUGCAGGAGGACAGUGGGCUACAUGUGCUGGCCCGCCUCUCCGAGAUUGAUGUCUCCACCGAGGGUGUAAAGGGAGCCAAAAGUUUCUUCGAGGCCAAGGUACAAGCCAUCAACGUGUCCAGCCGCUUCGAGGAAGAGAUCAAAGCCGAGCAGGAGGAAAGGAAGAAGCAGGCCGAGGAGAUGAAGCAACGGAAAGCGGCCUUCAAGGAGCUGCAGUCCACCUUCAAGUAGCAAGGGCCAAGGCCAAGGGCCCAGCCCUGCCCCAGUGUGCAGUCUGAGGGUAUGGGCGGGCACAGGAGACCCAUGAGAGGCAAGCCUGGGUCCUGGCCUGUGUGGCAAGGACCACUACUAAAAUCAAAAUUACCUGUGAAUGAAUCCCAUCCAGGCGUCUCCUGAGUGGCCUGGCCAGUCCCUGCUCCCUCCUGCUGUUUUCUGAGGCUGUCACACCAGCCGCCAGCAUCCUUGCUGGCCAUCCCUGUGUCUCUCGUUCUCUGGCCACCCUGCUGCCUGCUGUAGCCCAGCUCCAGCCUUCAGUCCCACCCUGCCCUAUGUGCCAGCCACUCCCACCUACCCUUAACCACAAGCCGCCCUGCUCCUGGCCUGACAGCCCCUUCCUAGAUAGGGAGCAGCAGAGAUUGACAGAGGGACCCAAGGAACUUAUAGAAGCCCAGGUGAGCCCCUCCCCAGACUCCUCCCUCCAGGUCUACCCCUCUGGUGGAGGCUGGGGAGGGGCUCCUAGUUUGGUGAAGGGACCCAAGUCCUGGCUCUCUAGGCUGAUGUGGCGAUGGGGCCCGGCCAGGCAGGGUGAAGGCCACUGUGCGAAUCUACCUCACGGGCCACACUCUGCUGGGCAUGCCAUGGGGACGCAGGUGGGAGAGAUGUGGGGGACAGAAAUGCCACUCCUUGGGCACUCCCCCACAGAAAAAGCUGAGGGUCCAAGGGGCUAUAGAGGGUUGAUGUUCCUGGGGGGGCUAGCCUUUCUAGGAAGGACGCCAGCACUCUGCCUCAGUUCCCCAGGGAAUACCUGAUGUAUUUGUAUGCACUGGCAGUUGGACCUGGAGCCCGGCCCACCUUCCCCACUAUCCUUCCCUGGGUUUGUCACCAGUGACAGCACCUGCCUACCCCCUAGGAUGCAUGGGGACCUUCCAGCCCAUCGCCAGACAGGACGUAGUAAACCCGUGGCACUCCUCCACAACUCCCAUGUGCUUGCUCAUGUGUGUGUAUGUGUGUACCUGUUGCUGUGUUGUGAAACUGUGAUGUCACCCAGUCUAAGUGAACGGCAUCAAGGCCACUGUUAUGCAAUGUUUUGUGUGUGUCAUGACAGCAUCACUGCUUUUGAAACUUGAUAACUCUUUAUUUUACUACAAUGCCUUGAGUCUCCAGUACCCCUGUGGGACCUGCAGAGGUUUUAUUUUUCUUUCUGGUCUUACAUCCUGCAAAGAAUAGGAAAGGACCGAGCCUAGCCCAGCAGCCGUGGCCCUGGCUUGCGUUUGCCUUAGUGGAUGUGUUUAUACAGAUGAAUAUAAAUUUCCCUUUUUCUUUAGGCUUUUUGCAUUUUUUUUCUUCCCUCUCACUCUCCCAAAAAAGAAAAAAGCUACUUCUUCAUUUGGUGGUACGAUUAUUUUUUUUAACUAAAACGAGAUAAAAUUCUAUAUUCUUA